GGGUGAGGAGAACGAUCCUCUGACAUCACAUUGGCUCUUAUAAACCCAGGGAAUGGAGCCCACCGCACUUCACAUCCAACCUGGAAACCACAACAACCUUCUUGGACAAGAAGAAAGAAAAUACCAAAAAGGAGGCUCGGCAACUGGAAUCUGCAUGCCUCCAACCUUUUCAGCUCCCAAAUUCUGAACCUUAUGGCCUAAAUUCUUACAACUCUUCAGUGCAAAACGUUUUUCUUUUUGUUGGCUUUCUUUUAUUUCCCUCGAUGAUGCAGCUGCAGGUGGCAUGCAUGCUCCUUCUCUGUUUCACAUGCGGCACACUCUGCACGGUUGCUGAACAGAACCAGGAAGCCCUUGCGCAGGAGCUCAUCAGCAGUCUCCUCACCUCUAAGAUUAGACACGAAUGGCAGAGCGCCCCCUACUGGCAUUCACAGCUCUCCAGUUUGUGCAAAUUAGUGAGUGGCCUUCAGGAGGGCACAUGGAGCAGAGAGGAGGAGGAAGGGGAGGAAGGGGAGGUGAGGGAGGGGAGUCUGCAGCUGCUGGAGGAGCUGUUCAGCCUGCAACACGUUUGCCGAGCCCUGCAGAGCCGGGAGGAGCGGCUGCUCUACGACUCUCUGGAGGAUAACAGCGAUGUUCCCCUGAAACGAAAGUCCCCCUACAUUCUGAAGAGGCAAGCCGGGCCCAAAGCCAAGUCCCGGAGGCCGUACAUCUUGAAACGAAGAACAGUUUACUGACAGCCAUCCCAGACACAGCAACCAGUUGUGGGGAGCCAGACCUUCUGGGAAUAUGUGUAUGUCAUUUUAUCACCUGUUGCAGUUUUUUUCUUGUUUCCUAAAGUCAUUUUCUGCUGUCAGAAGUCUGUCUUCAAUCUGCUGCUCAGAAUAAAACCCUAAGCAUUGUACAACUCCUGGAUCUGAAAGAAACUGUAAUUCUAUUCCUUCACAACAUUCGAUCUUUGAGAUUAAAUGUUCGUAAAACAAAGCUAAA